UAUUUAUAAAAGUAAAUGUCGGCUCUUUGUGGGAAUUCUAUCUACAAUAUGUUUGGCGAAAUUACUUGAGAAGCAGCCAUUUUGGUUACGUUAGCUUACCUUUGGCCUCGUAAUAAUGACGUGUUGCAUAUUUAUCUAGCUAGAAUGAUGAAGUUAGUGAAGUUAAACUUUCUAUGGCUUACAUGUGAUUAAAUAAAUACCAGUGGUAAAUAAUGGAGCAUGCACAAAUACAGAGUUCAGAUGGCACCCAAGUGAUGACCAUCAAUGGACAGCAGUUGCAAGUGUUGCAAAUGAACAACACCCCUCAUAUGAUACAGGGACCCAAUGGACAGCAGAUAGUUGUCCAUACAAUACCAUCCACAGGCCCUGCUAUACAGGUAGCGAAUGGCCAACAGUUACAACAAUUGCAAGUGUUGCCAAUAUCCAGUUUGCAAGGGGCUAGCAGUAACAUGCAGCCGAUGCAACUGGUUCAGACUCCGGAUGGACAGACGUUCCUCUACCAGCCCAACGCUAACACACAGCCUACUAUAGAUCAGCACCAAAUUAUACACCAGCCUACUGUUAUAAACCUGAAUGGGAACCUCGUGCAUGUGGCAGGAGUCGGCAAUGCUGUUCAGCCGCAACAGAUUGUGAAUCAACCCAACAUUGUUAUGAUGGUGAACGGUAACAGCGGAGCCAGCAGCGGAGGCGGCGCGGCGUCGCCGGCUCCCGCGUGCUCCGGCGAAGACGAGGAGCCGCUGCUGUACGUCAACGCGCGCCAGUACAAGCGCAUCCUCAAGCGGCGUGCGGCGCGCGCUAAGCUGCACGAGCUUGGCAAGAUCCCUAAAGAGCGUCCGAAAUACCUUCACGAAUCAAGACACAGGCACGCCAUGAACAGGAUACGAGGCGAAGGGGGAAGAUUCCACUCUGGUAGUAAAAAAGAUAUGGAAAAUGCGGAUAUUUCAGAAGACCUCAAACAACUUGAAGAUAUGAAACCUGACACUGUAUCUAUCACAAUCAUACAGGACGAAGAAACGCAAGACCGCCAGCAAAACCAGUGGAGGCGACUGGCACCGCAUACCUCACUUCAGUCUGCGUAGCGCAGGCCCGUCCCCGCCUCGAGGGACCCGCUCGAUUCCAGCGAGUCCGAAUGAACACCAGAGGCCUUCCACCAGUGUACCAGAGACUCGUAUCAAGUGAUCUUCUGGCCCAGUGAUAGCUCGCUGACAAAACAUGACAUGAAACGGCCAGAAGUGUUAAGUGUGAAGUCCCCGGAAAAGCUGCUUGCUCGUUCACUGAAGAGCGAGCUCGGAAUGUCUACGAGUGUGACCACUGGCCUUCCUAAUUAAGUGUGAUGCAGCAGUCUCUUUACUAGUGCUGGUGUGAUUGUGAAAACUUGUGGACUUGUUAUAUUUACAAGAUGACUCAUCUCUGAGUCAACAUCAUUAAUACCAAUCAACACAGAUCCAGGUGAUUUGAAAUGAUUAUUUUUGUGUGAAUUCACCGAUUUCAGCACCUACUUAACCCUUUUUUUCGUAAUCCGGGUUUAAAUUGUUUUUUUUUUUUUCCUAAGGGAGUGACUUCCUUGACACUCUGUUCAGAAUUAUAUCAAUUUAUCACUUUUUAAAAACAUUAAGACAGAUUUUGUUCUCUAUAUUUAUGCAGACUUAGCUGGACAUUCAUUCUAAGUUGUAUUUCUUUCUUGUAAACUUUAUUCCAUAUUGUUAUUUAAAGUUUUAGGUGUUUAUGCCAAAUAAAUGGAGUUCUUCAUGCUUCAAAUAGUAUGGGAGACUAGCUGAUUAUGUGAUAAAGCUUAACGAUUUCACAUGCACGAAAGCAAUAAUUUUGUUGUUUAUAUUUUUCAUGGUUGGCCUGCUAGGACAGAUGGAGAUAUCUAUUCUUCCCAAUGUAGAACAUAGGCCAUUGCCAGAAAGAUGAUGGAUUUGUGAAACUAUUUUUCUUACUAAAUAACAUUUUAGUAACAUGUUACUUGAUUAUGGAUAAGAUGUUUUAUGUUGCAUAUUUUUUAUUUAGUUUUCUUUUAACUUAUUGAGUAGUUUGCUUUAUAAAGCAAUAAUGAUAUUCCUAAUUUUAUGUAUAGAUUUGCAAUCAUGAAGUUGAGCCCAAAUUAUGGUUUAAAAAUUCGGUCGUGAUGUGAUGCUAAAAUAUUAAUUUAAUGUUAUUAUUAAAUUCUUUGUAAAUUGUGUAAAUAUGAUGAUAGGACUGAGUAGGGGUGUAGAACUUUUGUAUUGCAAGUAAAUUAA